GUUAAAAUAUAAGUAACGUAAUUAAUUUGCAGAGUUAGUGUGAUACCUCGAAAAAAAUAAAAUGCGCUGAGGCGAUGAAUAACUUUGUACAGUCUAGAACACAGGCGUGGUUGUAGUUAAAAGUAACAUUGCAGUUAAAAUGGAAGGCUCUUUUUGAAUGCCUAACCCGUUACCAUUACAAAUUGUACUUUAUUUAUCGAGGUUAAUCAUUACUUGCAUUUUACUCUGUCAGUAUUAAAAUAAAAUUAGAAGGUAAAUUACUCCCAGACCCAAAACUUUAUCUGGAGCGCUGUACAACUCUUGAAAUUCCGCCUCUGUGCAAGACUGCUAUUUUGAGCUUUUGGAGUAUCCGUAUGUUGGUUACCAGAUGCUAAAGCCAAGCAACAGUUUUUGCGCAGUAGUUAAACCGUGUUUUUUUUUUUCUGUUUUUACAUAUGACGUUGCUGUAUGUUAACUGUACAUUACCAUUUUUCUGAUGCUGUUGAAAUGUAAAACUAAUAUUAUCUUGUUUUCAAACGGCCACAGGGAACCAGUAUUUGUGGCAGCAGCAUGGGAACAUGCAAUCACCGGGUUCAGAAUAAUAAGAUUAAGAAAGUUAUCUAAAUGUGUAUGUGUAAGUAGUAUAUUAACUAGGCAAGCGUCAGUAUUGAACACCGCCUUGAGAAGGAGUGGACUGUUCUUAAGCAGAAGUACACUGACUGCAAGAACCAUUUAAUUUCAGUUUAAAUUACAAGAACUAUGCAACACUCGUAAAUCAAAAGCGAACUUGUAGGUGACAAACCACAUGUUUCGUAGUACGUGUACUUGUGGCUUGUUUCAAAAUCAUAAUCAAAAACAACAACUAACCUAGAGUCGAUUGAAUUAUUCAUUGAAAUUUAUGCAGAAUCGAGCGCCCGAUGUAUUUAAAAUACUUUGUAUUAAUCUACUACGUUCUGAAAAAUACAGAGUUGCUGCUUUUACAAACUAGGUUUUACGAAAAAACAAUUCCUCUAGAGACAAUUCACUAACAACCUUCACCACUUUCUAAUGAAAUUGUUUUCGCUGGAAUGGAAUGUGACGGACAGCAGCAAGACUUGCAGCUCGGAACAGCAGCCAGCGAUGGAGUGCCAGUUAUAGGUCGCACCCCAGAUGAAGACAGAAUCUUUUCUCAUUUGAAAGAUGAUACUAGAGAACUCCUCGAUAACGAAACUGAAAAUGCGCAAAAAGAAAAAAGAAACAAGAAAAAACCCAAAACAAGAGGCAGAAAAAAGAACCCGCAGCUAACCGCAGCCAGUUGCUUGGACAGUCUGUUGGCAGAGCAGUCAUUUGCUAAAACAGAAAUUAGGAAGUUUGGCAUUUCAACUGCGCAAAAAAGUCUGAAGAAAAAAAGAAAAAGAACACUUGGUGCAGAGAGUGAAGAUGAUGCAGGCAAAAAGAAGAAGAAACCACAACGCCCAAAUUACUUUGUGUCCAUUCCAAUCACAAACCCCAAGAUUGUAAGAGGUAUUGAAGCCAUUCAAGCUGUGAUCAUACAGAAGGAUCACAGAUUCUCUAAGGCUAUGAUUCCAGCAGGUACUCUUCAUAUCACCCUGCUGGUGACCUACUUGGGCAAUGAAGAAGUCAACAUGGCAGUUUGUGCCAUGACUGAGAUGAAGGAUACCCUUCUGGAUAUACUGCAGAAGAAGGAUCUGGUUUUACCUUUUCAUGGAAUCGGACAUUUUCGCAGUGAAGUGGCGUUUGUGCAAAUGGCAGAGGGAGAGCAUGUGACAACGCUUACAAAAAUUGCAGAGACUCUGAAAAAGAGGUUUGAAGAAAAGGGCAUCUUGGUCACGGAUAGCAAAGCUUUCAAACCACAUCUGACCUUCAUGAAACUCUCAAGGGCACCAAAGCUGCGCAGUCAGGGCAUUAAGAAGCUGGACCCAAAGUUGUACGAGAAUAUUGAACAUCACAAGUUCGGAGAGGAGACAGUGGCUCGGUUAGAUCUUUGCUCAAUGCAGAAGAAAAAGCAACCAAAUGGAUACUACCAUUGUGAGACCUCCAUUGAUUUUGGUGAAAAGCAUGUGGCUGAGCCGGAUGAUGCUGAACUAGUGAGUCUCAGUAAGAGACUGGUGGAGAAUGCUGUCCUCAAAGCUGUGCAGCAAUACCUGGAGGAGACUCAGCUGAACAAAAACAGGCAUGCUGGCGUUAGCCCGUCUAAGACUGAGGAAAACCUUAAUGACGCUGAACACAGGAAAUGAACUUUGUAGCACGUCUCCUGGAGCCUUAAGAAUCGAGACAAAACUUGUGAAGGAGCGUGUUCAGAGCUUCAAAACAAAAUGCAACUCAUCUCUCUCUACCACUAGCACUGUUACAGUGUAAUAAUGAAUUGCAGGAGCCUCUCUAAUGAACCUCAGAUUGCUGUGCGGUUGUGUGCUUUGCAGAUAUUUGUCCGCUCUGCGGAGAGCUGAUGCCAGUUUCUGUUUGCUGGAUCCUCCGGGCCAGUUUUAAUCCUGGCUUUUUACAUUGCAUGGAAUUGGCUUUGUUCAUUUUUACACUUCUUCUUGAUGGAUGCUGGGAUAAAAGAAUACUGAAUGAAAUGAACACUACGCUGUGUUGAAAAUAUGAAGACCCAGCUUAUCGAAAAGAGAUGAUCAGCGUGGGUCUUUUUAAAAGAGGAUAGGCUCUUUGUUGAGCCCACUGGGAUGUAGGGUGGGGGGAACUAAAGAGGUCCUGCAGUACCAGAAAUAACAGUUUCUAAUGUGUCCACACUAUGACUGGAUCAGGCUGCAUGACUGCUUGCUCCUUGUGCUGGCGGCAAGAAACACACAUAGGCAAACCGUGCAAAGACAAUCAGUGUCUUUAUUAAGCUAUGUUUCACUACAGAUGUUCUCUGUACUGUAUUUCUAUCCAUCUAAUUUUAAACCUGCAGAGUGGGUAAACUAUGCAGUUAAAAUGUUGCUGUAAAAAUUGUUUACAUCAGUUCUUUUUUUUUUUUUUUGCUAUACAGUAAAUGUACGCUACCAUUAGAACUAAAUUGCUAACUGACACAAAUCAAUUGAUAAAGUAUAGGUUUACACUAUGGUAGGUGGGCAGCCAAAAUAUCAUCAUUACUUUUAAUUUUGUAUUUUAAAUGUAAGCAUAUUGUGUCUUCUUUUUCCUUCAGGGGAAAAGCAUGAUACAGACUUCAUUAGGAAGGCUUUGCUUACAGAAACUGUGCCUCUAUUGAAGCAGCUCACUCGGAUAAAAGAGUUA